AUGGACUCCAAACAAUCUACGUGUCCUUGCUGUGGUAAACAAGGUCUCUCCAAGCGAACUAUCCGACGGCACCUCCAGCGACUAGAGCAAGAUAUAUCAGACAAUGAAAUGAUACUCUCUGGCAAUGAUGACUUAGUAUCCAAGAGCGAUUCUUCAUCAUACCUCUCAGAUGAUGUGAUGAACAUGUCCGAUAUGGACAAUUCCACCCCAAACACGCCACUCUCCAGUCAUCAUGAUGAACCACCUUUGCCAUCUUGCUGGAAUGCAUUAGACACCAAUGAAAUGUCAAACGAACCUGUCAACACACUGGCAGAAAAGUUUUCUGGGCUAUCUCUUAUACUGGAGUCACACUUUGAGCCCGAGGUGGCUCCGGACUUGGAAGACGAUGUGGAUCCCCUGACCCCACAAGGUGUAGCUGAACCUCGUGAGACAGGCUAUGAAUCUGGUGGUGAUUCAGAUGGGGACUCUUUGAUGGGCUCAUUCUAUGACCUGGGGCUGGAUGAAGAACUCCGUGAUAUAUAUCGAUUCAACAUCCAAAGUUUGUCAGAAGAAGACAUCGAUUCAAUCAAGAUGUUCAACUUUAUCAGAAACACAAACCUUUCACGGAAGGCUUAUGCUCAACUUGCUAAAUUCUGGGGCAGUCGCAUCCACAUUGAGUCCCUAUACAAGGACCGAUUACAAAACUGCCGAAUUGUGCCCAUAUUGCCAUGA